AGCCGGCGACCCCAUAGAGGGGAAGGGACGUGCGCUGCGGCCGGAAGUGGGCGGGUGGCGGCUGCGCUGAGCGGGCUCGGCGGGCAGGGAUUUUUGCCUGGCAAAAAUGGGUGAACCUCAGCAAGUGAGUGCCCUUCCUCCUCCACCAAUGCAAUACAUAAAAGAAUACACUGAUGAGAAUAUCCGUAAAGGCCUGGCUCCAAAGCCACCUCCACCUGUGAAAGACAGCUAUAUGAUGUUUGGCAAUCAGUUUCAGUGUGAUGAUCUGAUUAUUCGACCCUUGGAGAGCCAGGGUAUUGAACGGUUACAUCCUAUGCAGUUUGAUCACAAGAAGGAAUUAAGAAAGCUUAAUAUGUCUAUCCUGGUUAAUUUUCUGGAUCUGUUGGAUAUCUUAAUAAGGAGUCCAGGGAGUAUAAAGCGAGAGGAAAAGCUGGAAGACUUGAAACUGCUUUUUGUUCAUGUCCAUCACUUGAUAAAUGAGUAUCGGCCUCACCAAGCUAGGGAGACACUGAGAGUCAUGAUGGAGGUGCAGAAACGUCAGCGUCUGGAAACAGCAGAGCGAUUUCAGAAGCACUUGGAGCGAGUUGUAGAGAUGAUUCAGAACUGUCUGGCUUCCUUGCCUGAUGAUCUGCCUCAUUCAGAGGGAGGACUGCGAGUGAAGGUGGAAAAAAUGGAUACUGAUGAUAACAGCAGUUGUCUGGGGCAGAGUGAAAUGCAGAGAGAGCGUUCUGGUGGCAAGAGAGAUCAGGUUUUGGACAAAGAUGCAGCUAUGUGUAGCAUCAUUGAUGAAAUGACGUGAAGAAAACACUAACUUAUCAUAGUGAUGGGCAGAAUGUUUGGUGUUGGACAAGCAGAUAAGGUGUUUAUUGUGCACCUGCUGGAGGUUGCAAGUGACUUGUUUUCUGUUACACUUUGCCACUUUUGGCUUUUUUUGUGUAUAUCGCUGUGUUAUUUUUAUCCCCUUUGCUUUAUAAUGUGGAGAAGCCAGUCAGGGAUCUGACCAAAAGAAAUUGCAUUUGGCAAUUCUUGCAUUUCAACUAUGUGCUAGUUGUGUACAGUUUCAAUGGGUCCUUUCAGGAACAUGCAAUUAAAUAUUAAAAAUAAAAUGUAUGAAGUCUGCAAAA